AUGGAUUUAAAUUUAAUUAAAAACACAGUUAAAAAGCAUCUCACUGUUUUCAAAAUACGUCUAUACACAUUGGAUAUCACUUCGGCUUUAAUUAAUAUCCAUUCCCUUCAUUAUAAUAGCAAAAAUGUAACGGUUAAAAAUAGUCGCAUCAAUCAUUAUCAACGCAUAGCACGAAGAAUAUUCAUAUUCAUAAUAUUUGUGGAGUCUCUCUUUACGAUUGUGGCCGGUUCUGGGAUUAGUAUUUUUCGAAAAUAUUAUCCAAAUGAAUUGGACAAAAUGAAUUGUGUGGGUCGAAUUCCACUGGAGCGUGUAUUUAAACUAGUUAUGACUACGAGUGCGAUUAAAUAUUGUAUAACGUUUUGUGUAUUGUUCUGCUGGUGGAAUAAACAGAGUAAAAGAGCUUUCAUAAAACUGCUAAACGAGCUGCUAAGACUCUGUCGAAGGUUGACCAUUCAUUUCGAUAUCGAUUGCAGCAAGUUGCCGCCGCAAUGUAGUCUAUUAUUCCAUCUACAAUUUCUGGUGAUAAUUGGGAAUUUGCUAAACAAUCUGUUGUUGGCUUUUACUUUCAAUGAUAUAUAUUCUUCAUUGAGAGAUUUCUUCAAUGGGGUUUUCUACGCUCCCAUCCCACUGAUGUAUCAAACUGUGCUAUUGACGUUGUGCCAACUGCAUUACAAAGCGAAUGCACAAUUGGAUAUGUACGUGGCAUGUGAUGCGUGCAAAAACAAAUAUAUAUUUAAGUUCAUUGUAUUUUUGAGCGACUUAAAAACUUUCCAAAAUCGUUUUGCAAAAGCUUUCAUUUGGCUGCCCCGUUUGGUGGCUAUUAAGACAUUCCUAAUUGUUGGCGAAUGCUCAUAUCUGUGGCAUUAUCAAAAUCAUUAUAAUACUUUGGCCGAUGUCAAAUUAAUUUGGUUAUAUACCGCUGUCGCUGAAAGUUUGCUAGACAUUUUCUUAAUGGUUUUCAUGCUAAAUGAACUGCGUCGUCUGGAUCUUCAAACACAACAUUUACUAUAUUUAACGGUUAUUAACUUACACAACGAGAUGUCCUAUAGAGGAAGGAGGGUCGCUUUAAGGGAGCAUGGUAUUUAUUUAUCUACUCCUCAAUCGAAAUCUUAUACAUUGCAUCUACACCACUUUGUAGAGCAGUUAUGCUACCUACAAGUCUGGACCAUUUUAAUACCAGUACUCUGUGGAUUUAUGCUGGCUUGCUUAGAUCCAUUCGAUAUGAUGUUCAUACGCGAUUUGAGCCAAUUCAAUUCGAUAAAGUAAUUUUUAUGGACAAUUUAAAAAUUUAAAAUUUCAAUAAAACGGUUAAAUGUUUGUUAAAAAAAAAAAAAUACCCAGGUGCUUUCCCGACAGUCGGGUCUAAAUAACCGAAACAGACCCGGUUUAUUAAGCGGCCAAGGACUGUAAACACAUCACCACUCCUCGAAAUUACUUCAGGUCGAUCACGCUUUCUAGUUGUUAUAGAUUUAGUGGCAAACUUACUAUACUCUGUUCAGAGCAUAAUGACGAAUAAUAACACAUAACCUAAAAGAAAAUGAGCAGAACUUGCAUCAUUUUGUAUAUAGUUGUUUGUAUAUAUAUUUUCGCAAUUGAAUUUGUUUUAUAAGUACAUUACAAUACAUUUCAAAUUUCGAUUAUACGAUUUUCUUUGUUGUUGUUCAUUUAUUUUUUGUUUUGUUUUU